CAGAGCCGCCACUGGGCUGCGCCCCUCCGGGAACCCCCUCUCUUGGACGCUCUUUGAAGUGGGAGAGGGAGGAGGGGAGGCAGAGAGGCAGAGCCGUCUGCACGCAGCCUCCUGGCCGCGCACCUGGCCCUCCUGCCCUCUGCAGCUCUCGGCCUUUUCUCUGGGAGGACAACCUGCUGACCCGGGGCCAGGAUGGACGGCAGAUGGCAGCAUUCUCGCUGGGCCUGGUCCCUGCUGGCCGUGGUGCUUGUGGCUGGCGGUGCAAUGUCAACAGAGGCCACGGACAACAGCCCAACGUCCAACAGCCUGGAGGGGGGCGCUGACGCCACGGCCUACUGGUGGGGGGAGUGGACCAAGUGGACGGCGUGUUCCCGCAGCUGUGGGGGCGGGGUGAUGUCCCAGGAGCGGCACUGCCUGCAGCAGAGGAGGAAGUCCGUCACAGGCGCCGGGAACAGGACCUGCACGGGCACCUCCAAGCGCUACCAGCUCUGCAGAGCCCAGGAGUGUCCGCCGGACGGGAGGAGCUUCCGCGAGGAGCAGUGCGUCUCCUUCAACUCCCACGCGUACAACGGGCGGACCUACCAGUGGAAGCCUCUGUACCCGGAUGACUACGUGCACAUCUCCAGCAAGCCCUGUGACCUGCACUGCACCACCGUGGAUGGCCAGCGGCAGCUCAUGGUCCCCGCCCGCGACGGCACAUCCUGCAAGCUCACCGACCUGCGAGGGGUUUGCGUGUCUGGAAAAUGUGAGCCCAUCGGCUGUGACGGGGUGCUCUUCUCCACCCACGCGCUGGACAAGUGCGGCGUCUGCCAGGGGGACGGGAGCAGCUGCACCCACGUGACGGGCAACUACCGCAAGGGCGGCACCCACCUCGGUUACUCUCUGGUGACCCACAUCCCAGCCGGCGCCCGAGACAUCCAGAUCGUGGAGAGGAAGAAGUCGGCGGACGUGCUGGCCCUUGCAGACGAAGCUGGCUACUACUUCUUCAACGGCAACUACAAGGUGGACAGCCCCAAGAACUUCAACAUCGCCGGCACCGUCGUCAAGUACCGGCGGCCCAUGGACAUCUACGAGACCGGCAUCGAGUACAUUGUGGCCCAGGGGCCGACCACGCAGGGCCUGAACGUCAUGGUGUGGAACCAGAACGGCAAGAGCCCCUCCAUCACCUUCGAGUACACGCUGCUGCAGCCGCCGCACGCGCACCGCAUCCCGCCCGUGUACUUCGGCUUCCCCGAGCCCGGCUCUGACAGCACCGAGAGCCAGGAGCUGGACGGGGCCGGGCCGCUGGGCUUAGUGCCUCACAACGGCUCGCUCUACAGCCAGGCCUCCUCGGAGCGGCUGGGCCUGGACAACCGGCUGUUUGGCCACCCGGGCCUGGAGCUGGAGCUGGGCCUGAGCAAGGGGCAGGAGACCAACGAGGUGUGCGAGCAGCCCGGGGGUGCGGCCUGCGAGGCGCCAGCCAGGCCCAAGGGCUUCCGAGCCCGCAACACCACCGGGACCGCUCUCGCGGGGGACCAGGAUGACCGAGAGGCUGAUGCCCGUCUCGCCUCCCAGGAGUUCUUCUCAGCCAACGCCAUCUCCGACCAGCUCCUGGGCGCGGGCUCCGACUCCAGGGAGUUCCCGCUCAACGAGACGGUGAACAGCAUCUUUGUGCAGGGCGCCCCGCGGAGCUCCCUGGCCGAGAGCCUCCACGCCGACUACGAGGACCCCGAGGAAGCCGGUGCCUACCUGCUCAACGGGUCCUACCUGGAGCUGAGCAGUGACAGGGCCACCAACACCUCCUCCGAGGGGCCCGUCCCCAGCAUCAGCACCAGCCUCCCCACCUCGGCUGGGAACAGGACUCACAAGGCCAGGCCCAGGCCCAAGGCGCGCAAGCAGGGCGUGAGUCCCGCGGACAUGUACCGGUGGAAGCUGUCGUCCCAUGAGCCCUGCAGCGCCACCUGCACCACAGGGGUCAUGUCGACAUACGCCAUGUGCGUCCGCUACGAUGGCGUUGAGGUGGAUGACAGCUACUGUGAUGCCCUGACCCGUCCCGAGCCCGUCCACGAGUUCUGCGCGGGGCGGGAGUGCCAGCCCAGGUGGGAGACCAGCAGCUGGAGCGAGUGCUCGCGCACGUGCGGCGAGGGCUACCAGUUCCGCAUCGUGCGCUGCUGGAAGAUGCUGUCGCCCGGCUUCGACAGCUCCGUGUACAGCGACCUGUGCGAGGCGGCCGAGGCCGUGCGGCCCGAGGAGCGCAAGACCUGCCGGAACCCGGCCUGCGGGCCCCAGUGGGAGAUGUCCGAGUGGUCGGAGUGCACGGCCAAGUGUGGGGAGCGCAGCGUGGUGACCAGGGACAUCCGCUGCUCGGAGGACGAGAAGCUGUGUGACCCCAACACCCGGCCUGUCGGGGAGAAGAACUGCACGGGCCCCCCCUGCGACCGCCAGUGGACCGUGUCCGACUGGGGGCCGUGCAGCGGUAGCUGUGGGCAGGGCCGCACCAUCAGGCACGUGUACUGCAAGACCAGCGGCGGACGGGUGGUACCGGAGUCCCAGUGCCAGCUGGAGACCAAGCCUCUGGCCAUCCACCCCUGCGGGGACAGGAGCUGCCCCGCCCACUGGCUGGCCCAGGACUGGGAGCGGUGCAACACCACCUGCGGGCGCGGGGUGAAGAAGCGGCUGGUGCUGUGCAUGGAACUGGCCAACGGGAAGCCGCAGACGCGCAGCGGCCCCGAGUGCGGGCUCGCCAAGAAGCCCCCCGAGGAGAGCACGUGCUUCGAGAGGCCCUGCUUCAAGUGGUACACCAGCCCGUGGUCCGAGUGCACCAAGACCUGCGGGGUGGGCGUGAGGAUGCGUGACGUGAAGUGCUACCAGGGGACAGACAUUGUCCGAGGCUGCGACCCGCUGGUGAAGCCCGUCAGCAGACAGGCCUGUGACCUGCAGCCCUGCCCCACGGAGCCCCCAGACGACAGCUGCCAGGACCAGCCGGGCACCAACUGUGCCCUGGCCAUCAAGGUGAACCUGUGCGGCCACUGGUACUACAGCAAGGCGUGCUGCCACUCCUGCAGGCCCCCCCACUCCUAGGCCGGCAGCUGCAGCCCCUUGGAGACUGAGACAGAGCACCCCACCCUGGGGCUGCUGCAGAUUUGGGGGGCCCUCCACAGGCACCCUCCCGCAGGGCGCCUGGGCUGCGAGUGUGACACUGCGCCUCGGCUGUCGAAUGGGGACACCCCGCAGCUCACGGGCCUGUGCGGGGGUCCCAGCGCCCAUCAGCCCCUCCCCGGACAGAGCCGCCCCGGCUGUGGGAACCCGCACAUCUUCCCGUGUGGCUCCUGGGCUGUGGUCCCCACCCCCAGCCCGGCAGUCCCAGCCGAGGGGCCCAGGCCCGGAGCCCAGCGGUGUGGGGGUGGCCGUUUGCUCUGGGGGGGCAGGGCCUUCUCAAGGAGCCUGCAGGUGACCCCCACCGGGGAGGGCGCUGGGGGUGAGGAGGGGGCUCGGGCAGCUGAGGAGGCCAGGUGCACUCCUUCCAGAGGAUUCUCUCACAACUUAGCCUCUGCUCGGCGUCCCCUGUGCGGAACCUGUGUGUGCGGCGGGGCCGCCACACGCCCCGCCCCGCGGGAGGCUCUUCCCCACGGUGCGUGGUCAUGGACAGCGGGCUCCGCCCCAGCGCCGUCGGUGCUGGUCUGUGUAUGUUAAUAAAGUGGUCGUAUUUAUGGCGGCAUUGUGGGCUCUCAGUGGCUUCUGGCCCGAGGGGUGGGCGGCCCGGGGGAUGGGGAGCCCGAGUGCGGCCACGCGGGUCUGUCCAGCUCGCCGAGGCCCGGUGCAGGGCAGGCGGGCGUGCGGGGACUGCCGCACCUGCUCCAGGACGGCAUCGGGAGCAGAAAGGACAAAAGGCAACAAGAGAGCGGGGCCUGCGGGAGCAGCGUUCGGGGGCAUCAGGAUGCGGGGCCCGGAGUCUGGAAGGAGCUGAAACCGCAAGUCCAUAAUCACGGGUGCUAGGGGCACAGGGGUGACCUGGAGGGACGUGGCAGGAACUGCUGCCCCCGAGCCUGACCCAGGAGCUCCCCCUGGGGGUGUGCGGGAAGAACAGGAGGUGAGAGGUGGCCCCGGGCCCAGAGGCAGCAGCCACCACUGUGUCCUGGGCCUCCCGGGGCUCCGGACCCGGCCUUGCGGGCGCAGGGCCAAGACGCUCGGAGCCGCUGUUCCGGACAAUCCCGCAGCAGGAGUGGCUUUUCCCAGACCAGAGGGUGGGAAGAAUGUGAACGGAAGGAAACAAACAGCUGCCACAGAGCCUCGUGGAGGACGCAGUGGACAGAGGACCUGGCAACCCGCCACGGGACAGCAAGUCCGUCUCUGGGCCGAGCAUGGCAUAGAAGUGUCUCCUUUGGGCGCCGGCAGCAGGGAGCUCUCCCUCCCCACCCUCCUUUCUGCCAACACUUAUUGUGCACUUGCUGUAUGCCGGGCUCUGUGCCAAGCACUGCGUCGACACUGUCUGGUUUCAUCGUCCUAAGAGCCCCGUGAAGCCAGUGUCAUCUCCAUCGUGUGGACGUUAAAACUGAGGCUCAGAGGAGGAAGCCAAGCGUGGCGUGCUGCAGUGGGCCCUUGCCCGACAGCCCUGGCCCGGCCUCCCACCCCGAGAGGGAAGGCGGACGCUGCCCAGCACCAGGUGGGACAAGGUACCGCCCGGGAAGCUCCAACGGGCUCUGGACUGGCCCGCACCCCGCACACUGAAGACUCGGCAGGUCAGUGGGAGACAAAGAGGACAGAGACCAGAGAGGACGCAGGAAAGGGAGACAGAACAGCCGCAGGAAGUGCCACCUCCAGGCCCCCGCCCCCCCCGGGCUGAUGCAUCAGAAGCAAACUCCAUGGGGAGGGGACCAGAGAGCAAAAGCCCCAGGAGGGGCUCAGGGCCUUGGGAUGAAUCCAUGAGCAUGUCCCGACCAGGCAGGAGAAGAAAAAGGAAGAAGAGGAGGAAAAAUCGAGAACGCCACACCUAGCAAGUCUUCCCCUGCGCCUCUGCAUCUUGGGGUGAGAGCAAGAACCGUCCUGC